GCUCUGGGCUCAUCCCAAAGCUCCCCCUAAGGAAGGUGCCAGGGUAUCUGCUGGUGGCUGCUCCUGGUGAGCUCACACCGUGGGCACUCCUUCAGAGCAAGAGCAGCAGGGCAGGGGCACUGCUGCUGCCUUGCUAGAAACCUUGGAACUCCCCAAGCUUCACCUCCUGCCCUGGCAGCAGUGCUGGCACAUCCCGAGGGAACACAGGUGGCCCAACCAUGCCCAGCAUCUUCUCCUACCUGAGCGCCGAGGUGGACUGGUGCGAAGGCAACUUCGAGCGCUCGCCUGUGAUCGCAGAGUACUACAACACUAUCAGCAAUGUCAGCUUCUUUCUGCUGUCCCCUGCCCUGCUCUACCUGAACCGGCAGUACCGGCAGCAGAGAGCCUUGCCCAUGUAUUUCGUCGCUGCCCUGCUCAUCUGCGUAGGAAUCUUCUCCAUGUACUUCCACAUGACCCUGAGCUACGUGGGUCAGCUCCUGGAUGAGCUCUCCAUCCUCUGGUCCCUGGCUGUGGCCUAUUCCUUUUGGUACCCAAAGGUUUACUUCCCCAGGUUCAUCAAGAGCAGGAAGCAUUUCUUCUGGCUGAGUGGAGUCACCACAGUCAUCAGUACCUUGAUGUCCUUCAUCAAGCCAGCUCUCAAUGCCUAUGCACUCAACUGCAUUGCCUUCCACCUGCUCUACCUGACCUGGCGUGAGCUGAAAAAGUGCAAGGACAGGAGGGUUCACAGGAUGGCUGCAGUCAUGGUGAUGUGGUGGGUCCUGGCCAUCAGCAGCUGGAUCAGCGACCGCUGGCUCUGCGGGCUCUGGCAGGCUAUCAACUUCCCCUACUUCCACAGCUUCUGGCACGUUCUGAUAGCCCUGUCCCUCCUCUACCUCUGCCCGCUGGUCAUCUACUUCGAUGUCAACUACGAGAUGCCAUGGUUCAGGCCAAAGCUUGGCUACUGGCCCAGCGACUCCUGGCCCAUUGUGGUGCCCUACAUUGCCCUGGAGGAGCCCCACAAGCAGUGCUAGAGCCAGCUGCCCGCAGGCACCCCUCGGGCACAGGGCGCACGAUGCCCGCAGGUGCCCCUGCGUGGGGGGGAAGCCUCAGCUGUGUGCCUGCUGCUCAGACAAGGGCAGCCUGGCUGGUGCAUGGGGCAGGGAGCAGCUGAGGCCUCGUGAUGCAGGGCAUGAAGCAGGGUGGGAGCCCACAGGUGCCUUGGAAGAACUCUGCCCAGGCUGGCGCUCAGGGGAAGCGAAGAUCUCCUCCUCCUCCUCCAGCAGAGGUCCGGGGAGAAGGGGAGGGAGUUGGUGCAGAUGCUUCUGCUGUGCCUUCUGCUGGCACCUCCUUGCUGACAGGAGCAGAGAGGAGAGCACAGAAGCCCAGGUGGGGCUGCUCUAUUGAUUGGUAUUGGUUGUAUGCAUCGAUGGAGGUGGUCUCGCUCCGGAGGGCUGUGCAUUAAA